AUGUUUUCAAAGUCACCUGGCACUUUUAAUUUGUUUAUUUGUAUACGUGAUUUGAGGAAAGAAGCAGAUUAUUAUGAAAGUCAUAUUAUAACAGCCCGAAGACCGACACAGGAGACAGAUGGAAGUCCAUCAGUUCCUUAUGGCAGUGAACUUGAAUGUAAGCAGCACGUUGUUGUCUAUGAUAGCAAAACUUUCCGCUUGAGUGAGACAGGUGGUUAUCAGCGUUUCUCAGCACUUUACCCUUAUUUGAGAACACAGAAGAUUUUGUACACAAUAAGGGAACUUGACGAGAUGCCGACAUAUCCUUAUGAAAUUUUUCAUGCGAGGCUUUACUUUGGAACUUUUAACCAUGCUACCCGUCCUCAUAUUCAGAAAGAAUUGAACAUUACGGCCCACAUUUCCUGUUCCCAACAUCUCCCACCAAAAAACAAAAGGAUUGUCUCUGUACUUCAUAUCCCAAAAGGCGAUGAUAGCUCAACGGAUCUGUACCCAUAUUUCCACGAGGCUUGUGACUUUAUUGUUAAGUCCAGAACUGUUCUAAUCUUUUCGGAAUUGGGAAUCAGUCGAAGUGUAACGAUUUUACUUGCCUAUCUCAUGAAAAGUAAAAAAUGGAACUUAAAGUCUGUUUAUAUCUAUCUAUCUAUCUAUCUAUCUAUCUAUCUCAGUCUGUUUAUAUCUAUCUAUUUAUCUCAGUCUGUUUAUAUCUCUCUAUCUAUCUAUCUAUCUAUCUAUCUAUCAAUUAUCUAUCUCAUUCUGUUCACAUCUAUCUAG